AAUGAAGAAAUUCAAACAAGUUCAAUUGAGUACGACUUCACUAGGCUUCUUAAUCUUCAAAAUAAGUUAUAUGAAGUCGGACUACGCGUCAAUGCAACCAUCAACGAUGACACAAAAGGAUAA